GGAGAAGCGAGGAUCUAGGUUCAGUUCUCUGCAGCGCAAAAAACAAAUUCAAAGAAAGUAGAACCGAGCAUCAGAGGGCUUACUCUUCGGGGUUGCUGCCGCCUGUAGCGUCUGCCUUGGGUCCAAGGGCCCCCUACUGGUGCAGCUCACAGGAGUGCACCUCGCGGCCUGGCCCCGCCCUCACCUUUUGUGACGUAGCACCUCGCCUCCUGCCUCCGCGUUAGCAGCCCGUGACCCACAGCUCUCCGAGGCUUGGCCCGUUGGAGGUCGCUUAGGUGGAUCUUCCCAGGCCAUGAUGAAACUAGCUGCUGGCUUCCUUCUGCUGCUUCUGAAAGUGCGGCUCCUGCCUGUAACACCUCUGUCAGCUGAGGAGUCAUCUUCGGCCUCCACUCCAGGCAGCCCUCUCUCAUCCACUGAAUAUGAACGCUUCUUCGCCCUGCUGACCCCCACCUGGAAGGCAGAGACCACCUGCCGCCUCCGUGCAACCCACGGCUGCCGGAACCCCACUCUCGUCCAGUUGGACCAAUAUGAAAACCACGGAUUGGUACCAGAUGGUGCUGUCUGCUCUGACCUCCCAUAUGCCUCCUGGUUUGAGUCCUUCUGCCAGUUUGCUCAGUAUCGUUGCUCCAACCAUGUCUACUAUGCCAAGCGAGUCCGGUGCUCCCAGCCAGUCUCCAUCCUGUCACCCAACACUCUCAAGGAGGUAGAGUCUUCCGCAGAAGUUGCUCCUACCACCAUGACCUCAGCCAUGGCAUCGCAUGCUACAGCCACAGAGCGCCAGGCCUUCCAGCCUUGGCCUGAGCGGCUCAACAACAACGUGGAGGAGCUGCUGCAGUCAUCCUUGUCCCUGGGAGGCAAGGAGCAACAGGGCAGCCGGAAGCAAGCACAGGAACAGCGCAAGCAGGAGCAAGUUCAAGAGCAUAAGCAAGAGGAAGGGCAGGAGCAAGAGGAGCAGGAAGAGGAGGAAGAAGAGGAGGAAGCAAAGCAGGAAGAGGGGCAGGGGACAGAGGAGGGCCUGGAGUCAGUGUCCAGUCUGCAGUCAGACUCAGAGCCCAAGUUUCAGUCUGAAUCGCUGUCUUCCAACCCUUCCUCCUUCACUCCCCGAGUCCGAGAAGUGGACUCUGCUCCACUGAUGAUGGAGAAUAUCCAGGAGCUCAUUCGGUCAGCCCAAGAGAUGGAUGCAAUGAAUGAACUGUACGAUAACUCCUGGAGAAGCCAAGGCACUGGCAGCCUCCUGCAGCUGCCCCACACGGAGACCAUGAUGGUGCUAUGCUAUUCCAUUAUGGAGAAUACCUGCACCAUGACUCCCACAGCCAAGGCCUGGAGCUACAUGGAGGAGGAGAUCCUUGGCUUCGGGGAUUCGGUCUGUGACAAUCUUGGACGGCGACACACAGCUGCCUGUCCCCUCUGUGCAUUCUGCUCCCUUAAGCUGGAGCAGUGCCACACUGAGGGCAACGUGCUGCGACAGCGGUGUGAUGCUUCCCACAAGAUACCCUUCAUCAGCCCCUUCCUCUCAGCCCAGAGCAUAUCCACCGGCAACCAGGCAAAGAUCCCAGAAAAAGGCCGCUUUGCUGGACUGGAUAUGUACGGAGGGCUCAGCUCAGACUUCUGGUGUAACCGGCUUGCCAUGAAGGGCUGUGAAGAUGACCGAGUCUCCAACUGGCUCAGAGCUGAGUUCCUUAGCUUCCAGGAUGGGGAUCUCCCCACAAAGAUUUGUGACACAGACUAUGUCCAGUACCCAAACUACUGCGCCUUCAAAAGCCAACAGUGCCUGAUGAAAAACCAGAACCGAAGGCUGUCCCGCAUGAGGUGUAUGCUGAAUGAGAACUACAACGUGCUGAGCCCGGCUAAAAGUGAGGAGGUUAUCCUUCGAUGGAACCAAGAGUUUAACACUUUGGCUCUAGGCCAGUUUGGAUGAGCUGGGGUCUGUGCCAUCCCCACCCCAGCCCUACCUUUCCACUUUCUCAUCGCUGUUAGACCUCAUCUGUCAGUUGGCUUCCAGGUGCCCCUCACAGGUCUCUUGCCUGGCCCCUACUCACAUUUUCCUUGGGUUGGGACAGCAGUCCCAGAGAGGUCCAUGCUGGGAGCUCCAUGUGCCUUGAAGAAUACCUUCAAAUAAAAUGUUUGUCUUCA